AUGCCCCCUCCCACUGGCUCACGUCCCGGAUCCCGUCUUCCUCCCAUGGGCUCGUUCCAAGUCCCUUCUCAGCCCUUGCUAGAGCGCCCCCUCAACGUCACAGAUGCAUUGAGCUACCUCGAUGCCGUCAAAGUACAGUUCCACGACCAGCCCGAUGUCUAUAACCACUUCCUUGACAUAAUGAAGGACUUCAAGAGCGGCCUCAUCGAUACCCCAGGCGUCAUAAAACGCGUCUCCCACCUCUUCAAUGGUCAUCCCUUCCUUAUUCAGGGCUUCAACACCUUCCUUCCUGUCGGCUAUCGUAUCGAGUGCUCCUCUGACCCCCAACAGUCUGCUUUUAUCACCGUCACCACUCCUACCGGUACAAUGCUCCAGUCUACCCGUGACGACUCUUGGCCUUCUGCUCCAACCGCUGCCUCAACCACCGUCUUGGGUCCUGACCCUGAUCCAAAUAUGUACGGCAUGAAUCUCGGUGACAGCUCCUCUAUAGAACCAGCCGUUCAGUACGUCCAGAAAAUCAAACAACGCUGCGACGAAGCAACAUACCGCCGCUUCCUAGAAAUUCUUGGCAAGUACCAUAACACCACUGAUGCCGUUGAUGAGCGCGAAGUAUCAGCUGAAAUCGCCCGCCUUUUCAAAGACGACCCCGAUUUGCGCGCAGAUUUUAGGAUCUUCAUGCCCGAGAAGAGUCAGGCUCUUUUUGACGAAGUAGAAGAAAGCUAUAUCGCCCCCGCAGGACGCCGCACCCGCUCAAACACACCUCUCGACGGCAAGCCCCUCCGCCGUCGCCCAGAACCCCAACCACCCGUCGAACCCACCGUUCCUCAAAAACGCAAACGCAAAGCCAACGAGCGCGAACGAGACACCGUCUCCUUAGCUCCCAAAGCUCCUUCCAAGCCCAAACAGCUCCCCCUCCCACCUUCCCUCCUCCCACCAGACGACACCCACUUCUUCGACCGCGUCAAACGCGCGUUAGGCAACCGAGACACCUACAACGAGUUCUUAAAGCUCGUGAACCUCUUCACCCAGGAACUCAUCGAUACCGCUCGCCUUGUCCGCGAAGCGCGGAAUUUUCUUGGAGACGCGGAAUUGAUGCGCCAGUUUAGGGAGAUUCUUGGGUGGGAUGAUAGAAGGGAGAGGGAGCGGUGGGUGUUGGAGGAGAGUCAGCAACAGCAGACGUGGGCGAGGGUUCAAGGCCAGGGAGGGCCUAUGAUCGUUCCCAUCCGCCCAGGAAGAGUAAAUACGGGGCUUCAACAAGGAAGCUACCGCCGAAUGCCCACCAUCGAAGGAAGCGUCACAUGCACAGGCCGCGACGAGAUGUGCCGCGCAGUCCUCAAUGAUGAAUGGGUCUCCCACCCAACCUGGUCGUCCGAAGACGCAGGCUUCGUAACGCACAAGAAAAAUAUCUACGAAGAAGCUCUCCACCGGAGCGAAGAAGAACGCCACGAGUACGAUUUCCACGUUGAAGCAGCCACGCGCACUAUCACCAUCCUCGAGCCCAUAUCUGCUAAAAUCUUACAACUCCCCCCUGACGAACGUAGUGCCUUCAAACUAAAACCUAAUCUAGGAGGAUCGGGCAAGGCGGUGCAUGCGAGGGUCAUUAAGAAGAUAUAUGGGAGGGAAGCAGGGUUGGAGGUGUUGCAGGCGAUGCAAGAAGCUCCGGCCUUAGCUAUCCCAGUGGUACUCCACCGCCUCAAGGAGAAAGAAGAAGAAUGGAAACGCGCACAGAGGGAAUGGAAUAAAGUGUGGCGAGAAGUAGACGCUCGAAAUGCGUCCCGCGCACUGGACCACGCAGGGAUAGCAUGUAAAGCCUCGGACAAAAAAGCGCUCUCUGCGAAAGCCCUCGUUGCGCAGAUCGAAGCUGCUAGGGACGCCCAGGUGUGUCAGCGCGCUGCGCUUGUGGACCCUUUGUUUGCGCGUGCGAGGGUCAGGCAUCAAUUAGCGUAUGAGGUGCAGGAUACGGGGGUCCUGCAGGAUGCUGUGAAGAUGGCGUUGUCAUUCUUGGAUCGGACGCAGGGACAGAUUGGGGGGGUGGAGAGGAGGAGAGUUGAGGGUUUUUUGAGGAGUUUUGUGCCGUUGUUUUUCGUGUUGGAUCAAGAGGUGUUUCAUAGGGCGUUUGUGCUUGGGGAGGGGGAGAUGGAGAUGGGUGAAGAUGGGGAUGACACUGAGACGAGUAGUACCGGGAAUGGAGGGGGGAGGAAGCGGAAGGGUGGGAUGUCAUCUGGUGGGGAUUUGAGGAAGAAACUGCUUAAGAGCGAGCAGGCGAAAUCGACGGGGAGGAAAACGCGUGCGCAGGAAGCGGCUUCACCGUCUGCUUCGAGACCUGCGUCUCCUGCUAUACCCGAUGUCAUGCAAGUAGAUGCUACCGCUCCGGAGGAGGGAGAACGAGAGCCUGCUGCUCCGUUGCGCAAGGCAUCGAGGAAGAACGUGUUCUUUGGGAAUACUGUCUUUUAUGUCCUUUUGCGUCUUCUCGAGGCACUGUACUCCAGACUCUUACUCUUCAAGCACCUCAGCGCGCGCAUCGCCCUCUCCUCCCCCAAAUCGACCUCCAAAACCAAAAUCAAUCCGGUGGCCACAGCCCUAGGCAUGCCCUCCCUCGCGCACCUCGCUCAGCUAGACGACCGAGCUGCUCAUGCGGAUCAUUUUUAUGAGUUGAUGUUGGAGUCAUGUGAGAGGCUUUUUGAUAACGAGAUCGAGGCGCAUGUGUUUGAGGAGCAGAUGCGGUAUAUGUUUGGGGUAAAGGAUGCCUACCGGAUAUUUACGAUUGAUAAAGUCAUUGGGUCAUUAAUUAAACAGGUCCAGCUCGUGUUAGCUGAUGCCAGGAGUCAAGAACUCUUUGAGCUUCUGAAGCGCGAUCGGGCAUUACAAGCUCCUACCAUCCAGGACCAGCUCAAUAGUCGGAGGUUUGCGGAGAAUGUCCUUGGGCCUGAUGAGAAUAUUUUCAGGGUGGAUUGGCUCCCAGACACGAAAACAAUGACGAUCCAAUUACUCGGCAAAGACGAUUCCAGUUUCGAUGAUUCUGAGAUGUUGGCGGAGAGGUGGCAGGCGUAUGUCGAUUCGUUUGUUUCGAGUCCUGUGACGGAGGGGAUAUCGCAGGCCCGUGUUAGACGUCCGUUUCUUCGAAAGAACGUACCAGCCUCAGUUACAUCCAGCACACCAGCCGUACUCGCGCGUAGCGCACUAGAAACGAAAGUAUGCGUACGGACGUACCGCUUGUUUUUUGUAUCGGGUACGGAGGACUUUUUGUGGCGGAUUCCGUCCAAGGAGGAUGUGGAUACGGGUUCGAGUGCGGGUGUUGGAAGGGAAGCAGCGAGUAAGAGGCGAGAGCGGUGGUUGGAGAAGACGCAGGCGGGGGAGUGGCCUUCUAGUUUGAGUGCGGAAGCUAAGGUGAUCACGGUGGGUGCGAAGGAGACAACGCCUGUACCUGUGUCUGUGAGGGUAGUUUGA